CCCGAGCCAAGGCGGGAUCGGGAGCCUCGGUGGGGCUGUGGGCUUUCCCGUGGACGCGGAAAGCGCGGGUCCUUCUCCAGGCGUGUUUCCCAAAUAGUAGCGGGGUGCAGACCCAGGUCGGGGUGCGGACUUGGGGAAGAGUCCGGGGUGGCUCUGCGUCCCUACCACCUCGCAGCCAGCGUGACCCUCUCCGCCGAGCUUGCUGCGGGAACUCGGGGAGGUGGUGGUAGGCCGACUCUUGGCCCGUGUCUGGAGGGAGCAUGCACUGCUGUUAAGACUCUUCUUCAUCGGACCCUCCCACGGCUCGUUGAGUUUUUACUUAGAUCUUUGCUGGAUCUGGAACCUGUGCUGGUGGAAGUUACAAGGAGUCAGUGUUGACAAUUGUACUGAGCCACAGAAGAGCAGUUUCUGAACUUUGUCAUUGCUGUUGUCCUGAAUCUGGGUGUGAAGAGCUGAGGGGCCCUGACAUUGGAGCCAGGAUGAAGACUGUACUCAUGGUUGCAGAGAAACCAUCCCUAGCUCAGUCCAUUGCCAAAAUCCUCUCCCGAGGCAACAUGUCCUCGCACAAAGGGCUGAAUGGGGCAUGCUCAGUUCAUGAGUACACAGGAACCUUCACUGGCCAGCAGGUCCGAUUCAAGAUGACAUCUGUCUGUGGUCACGUGAUGACUCUGGAUUUCCUGGGAAAGUACAACAAGUGGGACAAGGUGGACCCUGCAGAGCUGUUCAGCCAAGCUCCCACAGAGAAGAAAGAAGCUAACCCCAAGCUGAAUAUGGUGAAGUUCCUGCAGGUGGAGGGCAGAGGAUGUGACUACAUUGUUCUGUGGCUAGACUGUGACAAGGAAGGGGAGAACAUUUGCUUUGAGGUCCUUGAUGCUGUUCUGCCUGUCAUGAAUAAGGCCCACAGUGGUGAGAAGACAGUGUUCCGGGCCAGGUUCAGCUCUAUCACUGACACAGACAUCUGUAAUGCCAUGGCCCGCCUGGGUGAGCCAGAUCACAAUGAAGCGCUCUCAGUGGAUGCCCGCCAGGAGCUGGACCUGCGCAUUGGCUGUGCUUUCACCAGGUUUCAGACGAAGUAUUUCCAAGGGAAAUAUGGCGAUUUAGACAGUUCUCUCAUCUCCUUUGGGCCAUGUCAGACUCCUACCCUGGGAUUCUGCGUGGAGAGACAUGAUAAAAUCCAGUCCUUCAAACCAGAGACCUACUGGGUGCUACAGGCCAAGGUUAAUGUUGAUAAAGACAAAUUUCUCCUUUUGGACUGGGACCGAGUGAGAGUGUUUGACCGGGAGAUCGCACAGAUGUUUUUAAACAUGACAAAGCUGGAAAAGGAAGCCCAGGUGGAGGCCACAAGCAGGAAAGAAAAGGCUAAGCAGAGGCCGCUGGCCUUGAACACUGUAGAGAUGCUGCGUGUAGCCAGCUCUGCUCUGGGUAUGGGACCACAGCAUGCCAUGCAAACAGCCGAGCGGCUGUACACACAGGGCUAUAUCAGCUACCCACGGACAGAGACCACCCACUACCCCGAGAACUUUGACCUGAAGGGCUCUCUUCGGCAGCAGGCCAACCACCCCUACUGGGCGGACACAGUGAAGCGAUUGUUAGCGGAAGGUAUCAACCGCCCUCGGAAAGGUCAUGAUGCUGGUGACCAUCCUCCCAUCACCCCCAUGAAGUCUGCCACAGAGGCCGAAUUAGGGGGUGAUGCAUGGCGGCUAUAUGAGUACAUCACCAGGCACUUCAUUGCUACAGUUAGUCACGACUGCAAGUACCUCCAGAGCACCAUCUCCUUCAGGAUCGGGCCUGAGCUCUUCACCUGCUCAGGGAAAACUGUCAUCUCCCCAGGCUUCACAGAGAUCAUGCCCUGGCAAAGUGUGCCCCUGGAGGAGAGCCUGCCUACCUGCCAGAGAGGUGACACCUUUGCUGUGGGCGAGGUGAAGAUGCUAGAGAAGCAGACGAACCCACCUGACUACCUGACUGAGGCUGAGCUCAUCACGCUCAUGGAGAAGCAUGGGACAGAUGCCAGUAUACCUGUGCACAUCAACAAUAUCUGCCAGCGCAAUUAUGUCACUGUGGAGAGUGGCCGCCGGCUCAAGCCCACUAACCUUGGCAUCGUCCUAGUGCAUGGCUACUACAAGAUUGAUGCAGAGCUGGUGCUCCCCACCAUCCGCAGUGCAGUGGAAAAGCAGCUGAAUCUGAUUGCCCAGGGUAAAGCCGACUACCGCCAGGUCCUGGGCCACACCCUGGAUGUCUUCAAGAGAAAGUUCCACUACUUUGUUGACUCCAUCGCUGGCAUGGACGAGUUGAUGGAGGUGUCUUUCUCACCCCUGGCGGCCACAGGCAAGCCCCUUUCACGCUGUGGGAAGUGCCACCGGUUUAUGAAGUACAUCCAGGCCAAGCCCAGCCGCCUGCACUGCUCUCACUGUGAUGAGACUUACACCCUGCCCCAAAAUGGCACCAUCAAGCUCUACAAGGAGCUACGGUGCCCACUGGACGACUUUGAGUUGGUCCUGUGGUCCUCAGGUUCCCGGGGCAAGAGCUACCCAUUGUGCCCCUACUGCUACAAUCACCCGCCCUUCCGAGACAUGAAGAAAGGCAUGGGCUGCAACGAGUGCACACACCCCACCUGCCAGCACUCACUGAGCAUGCUGGGAAUUGGCCAGUGCGUGGAAUGCGAGAGUGGGGUCCUGGUGCUGGACCCCACUUCAGGGCCCAAGUGGAAGGUGGCCUGCAACAAGUGCAAUGUGGUGGCCCACUGCUUCGAGAACGCCCACCGUGUACGGGUAUCUGCUGACACUUGCAACACCUGCGAGGCUGCCCUACUGGACGUGGACUUCAACAAGGCCAAGUCCCCCCUCCCUGGCAACGAAACACAGCACACAGGCUGUGUCUUCUGUGACCCUGUCUUCCAGGAGCUAGUGGAGCUAAAGCAUGCAGCCUCCUGUCACCCCAUGCACCGUGGUGGGCCUGGAAGAAGGCAGGGCCGAGGGCGGGCCCGGGGCCGGCGGCCCCCAGGUAAGCCCAACCCCAGGCGGCCAAAGGACAAAAUGUCAGCUCUGGCUGCCUACUUUGUUUGACACCCCUGUCAUCCGUCACUCCAGCUACAGUUUGAUGCAGACACAUCAAGAUGGUUGGUUUUCAGCCACUGAAGCUAUUAAAAUGCUUUUUGUCUUCUACGGAGCAAGAAGUUUGGGGCCUUUUGCUGGUGAAGUAAUGUCAGAGAAUUCUUGGGGACCUGUGGGGCUCUCCCCCUUCAUUCUGUUCAUGUCCAAAGUGUUCCCUGCUCUGCCCUGUGGGGAAGCCACCAAGCCUGGAGCCAGGUGAACAGAGCCAGUCUGCUCGUAUGCCACCUCAGUACAUGUACAAUAACAGCAACUGUGUACAAGCAAAAAGGAGACCUGACGCCAUGAGGAAGUGGGCAUCAUCAGUCCAGCAGGUGUCCUAGGAGAGAGGCCAGGUGGACAAGCAGGGCUGGGAGAAGUCCUCUCAGCCCAGCUUAUGCAUCUCCUUGACCCGUGGUUUCAGCCCACUUGCUUGGGCCCACCAUUCUGACCCCACAGUUGCAUGCUUGGCACUACUAACUCAGCAACUCCAAGCAAACAUGGCACGUACUGCCUAUGAGGGACUCUGGCUGCUUCUCGGAGCCUGUUCUGAUUCUUUUUCUCAUAAAUGAGCCCACAUUGUGUCAGACAGAGGCAGCGGUCAUGUGCCAGGUUUACAUAAGCCAAACUGCCCUGUGGCAGCCAAAUGCUAGCUGUAGACCACCACUCUGACAGUGGCUCCUUCCUGUGCCCCACUCUCCAGCUGCCCAACAAGAGAUCCUGUGUAAGGUCUAUUGUGUGGUGAAGACUUCCUCCACCUCUGAUCAUGCCUCACUGUGUGGUGGGCAGGAAUUCAGCAAACCAUCUUUUCUAGACUGUUCUGUAGGAUACUUGUUAGAGUGACAAGACCCCUCCCUCUGCAGUAGAGUUAACAGUUUGUACCAGGACAGAUGAGGCACUGAAAGAACCAUAGAGAAAUCCACAGUUAAUGCAACAGUCCACAUGGGCAUUCCCCACCUGAAACACAGGUGGGAAAUCCCCUUUAGAAGUUGACAGAAAGUAGGCAGUGAGGAGGAGCAUUGUCUCUUUGGGAGGGACAACUGCCUCUGCUGCUGAGGACAACUGCCUGGGAAUCUGUGCAGCAGAUGUCUUAGAGGUAUAAGUUACAGGAAGAAAGGGACAUUCAAAACCUGUUUCUUCCCCCAGUCACUACAGUCAGAUUCUGCAUCCUUAACAAGGCCACAUCUCUUGGUGGACAGGGUCACUGACACAGAGCCAGGACUUGGCUCUUCCAUCACAUGUCCCAGUCACAUAGAGUAUGGACCUGUGGCCUCUCCACAGGAAGGCAACCUGGCCACCUGAUGCUUCAGCACCCUUCCAGGGAGGCAGCUCAGUUACAGUUUAGUUUGGGCUUAAACUCAGACCACCCAUUCUAUCCUUACCAUAAUUCUUCCUUGAGAUUUC